AUGCAGGCGCGCAUCCAACAGGCGCGUCGCGAGGCCGAGACGCUCAAGGACCGGAUCAAGAGGAAAAAGGACGAGCUUGCCGACACAACACUCCGCACAGUUGCCCAGCAAGCACAUGAGCCGAUCCCCAAGAACCAGCUGAUGAAGGCCAAGCGAACCCUAAAAGGCCAUCUCGCCAAAAUCUACGCCAUGCACUGGUCCACUGACCGAAGGCACCUCGUUUCAGCAUCUCAGGACGGCAAGCUAAUCAUCUGGGACGCCUACACAACGAACAAGGUCCACGCCAUUCCCUUAAGAUCGUCUUGGGUCAUGACGUGCGCCUACGCACCGAGCGGCAACUACGUAGCGUGCGGUGGUCUGGACAAUAUCUGCUCAAUCUACAACCUCAAUCAGAACCGAGACGGUCCGACAAGGGUGGCUCGGGAACUCUCGGGCCACGCCGGUUACCUUUCGUGCUGUCGCUUCAUCAACGACAGGAGCAUUCUUACCUCGUCAGGGGACAUGACCUGCAUGAAGUGGGAUAUUGAGACAGGCACCAAAGUCAUCGAGUUUGCCGACCACUUGGGUGAUGUAAUGAGCAUCAGCUUGAAUCCCACAAACCAAAACACCUUUAUCUCGGGUGCCUGCGAUUCUUUUGCCAAGCUCUGGGAUAUCCGUGCUGGAAAGGCUGUGCAGACUUUCGCCGGCCACGAGUCGGACAUCAACGCCAUUCAAUUCUUCCCAGACGGUCACUCUUUCGUUACGGGAUCCGAUGAUGCCACCUGCCGACUUUUCGAUAUCCGUGCCGACCGGGAGCUCAAUGUUUAUGGAUCCGAAUCUAUCCUCUGCGGAAUCACAUCUGUUGCGACAUCAGUUUCAGGCAGGCUGCUUUUCGCCGGUUAUGAUGACUUUGAGUGCAAGGUCUGGGACAUCACCCGUGGCGACAAGGUCGGAUCUUUGGUCGGUCACGAGAACCGCGUCAGCUGUCUGGGCGUGAGCAAUGAUGGCAUAAGUUUGUGCACUGGCUCAUGGGAUUCUCUGCUCAAGAUCUGGGCAUACUAA